CCGGUGCGGGCGGUGCUCUGAGAGAAGAGAGGUUUCAAAUCCCAAAGCCCCUUUGGAGCAGAAAGGUGCCGUCUCCUUCCUUUGGCAUCGAUAUACAGAAUCGCCGUACAGAUCAGAAGAGUAGAAAAGCCCUCUGAAAUCCUCGAGCCCAGCCCUCCGUGCACACUGCUUGUGUCCCCCAGUGCCACAUCUCUGUGUUCUGUGGGUGCCACUGGGGGUGGUGACCCCGACACUGCAUCACUGCUCUUAUGGAGAAGAAACGUCUCCUGAUAUCCAGUCUAAACCUCCUCUGGUACAACAUCAGGCCAUCACUUCUCAUUGCUGUUCUUGAGAACAGGCUGAUCCCCCACUUCACUACAGCCUCCUUUCAGGUGUUGUAGAAAGUAAAGAGGUCUCCCCUGAGCUUCCCCUUGGCUGACAAUCCCAGUUCCCUCAGCUGCUCCCCAUAAAGCUGCUUUCCUUUGCAGCUUUGUUGCCCCUUUUGGACAGGCUUCAGGGUCUCCAUGUCUUUCCGUAUCCUCUAUAUCUAAAAAGGCUUCUGCAGGGUGGAAGGGUGAGAGCAAAAGAGGAAAAAAGAUAAAACUGGCAAAACUUCUUGAAGGUUUUGUUCACAAAGCUCUGAUUCUUAGAAACUAGCUCUGAACAAAAUCAGGCACGAAUGAGUUAAGAGUUGGUAUAUCCUUAAGCUUAGCAAAGGGCAAUGUUUUCCUGUGUGUGCUGAAGGGGAAAGCUGUAGUUAAUGUAUAAAGAGAGAAGAGUGGGUGUAUAGUUUCUUCUCUCUGUGACCAGUGAGAUACGUAAACAGCACAAUGCUGUGCCAUGGAGGAUCAAAACGCAGUAUUCAUUUAAGGAAGUGUUUGGUACCCUUGUUGCUCAAAAGGAGCUUUUUGACGUAGUGGCUAAACCUCUCGUGGAAGAUCUCAUUCGUGGGAAAAACGGUCUCCUUUUUACAUAUGGGGUGACAGGCAGUGGGAAAACCCACACUAUGACAGGAUCUCCUGGUGAUGGAGGGCUUCUUCCACGGUGUUUGGCGAUGAUCUUCAACAGCAUAGGACCGUUCCAGGCCAAGAGAUUUGUUUUUAAGCUUGAUGACAAGAAUGGUGUGGAUGUUCAGUGUGAAGUAGAUGCUCUGUUAGAGCGACAAAAAAGAGAUGCCAUGCCUGUUCCCAAAACUCCUUCUGGCAAGCGACAGAUAGAUCCAGAGUUUGCUGAUAUGAUCAACGUGCAAGAUCACUGCAAAGUGGAAGAAGUUGAUGAAGAUAAUGUCUACAGUGUCUUUGUCUCCUACAUCGAGAUCUACAACAACUACAUUUAUGACCUCCUGGAAGAGACUCCAUUUGACCUGAUAAAACCCAAGUGGAACAAUUGCAACACUCCAGUGCGAAACGGUGACUUUAUACCUCCACAAUCCAAAAUACUUCGUGAGGACCAGAAUCACAACAUGUAUGUCACAGGAUGCACGGAAGUAGAGGUGAAAUCCACAGAGGAAGCUUUUGAAGUCUUUUGGAAAGGGCAGAAGAAGAGGCGCAUUGCAAACACUCAGCUGAACCGAGAAUCUAGUCGGUCUCAUGGAGUUUUCAUGAUCAAGUUGGCUCAGGCACCUCUGGAUGCAGACGGAGAUAAUGUGCUGCAGGAGAAGGAACAGAUUACUUUAAGCCAGCUGUCCUUAGUUGAUCUAGCUGGAAGUGAAAGGACUAAUAGAACAAAAGCUGAAGGGAACAGGUUGCGGGAAGCAGGUAAUAUUAAUCAGUCAUUAAUGACGCUAAGAACAUGUAUUGAAGUUCUGCGGGAAAACCAGAUGUAUGGAACAAAUAAGAUGGUGCCCUACAGAGAUUCCAAACUGACUCAUCUCUUCAAGAACUAUUUUGAUGGCGAAGGGAAAGUGCGUAUGAUUGUAUGUGUUAAUCCUAAAGCAGAGGACUAUGAAGAAAGCCUGCAAGUCAUGCGUUUUGCAGAGAUGACGCAGGAGGUGGAGGUUGCAAGGCCUGUCGACAGACCACUGUGUGGUUUGACACCAGGACGACGCUUCAGGAAUCAGGCCUUCAGAGAGGAGCUGGCCAGGAAACUGGAGAUUCGAGGUGGUCCAAUUAAUGGAGGUAAACAGGAGAAUGCAGUGUUCACAGCAGAAACAGAAGAGCAAUCUGCUUCAGAAAUAUUUUUGCAGAACUUUCCUCCCUUGCCUUCGUGUGAGCUAUUGGAUAUUAAUGAUGAUCAAACGCUUCCAAGGCUUACUGAAGUCCUGGAAGAACGCCAUAAACUACGACAAAAGUUGUCAGAGGAGUUUGCCAAAAAUGUGCUUACAUUUAAAACUGUGCUACGAGAACUGGAUUCCAACGUUAUGUCCAAAGAAAACUAUGUUCAAGGAAAGUUGUCUGAGAAAGAGAAAAUAAUAACAGGACAGAAAACAGAGUUAGAACGCCUGGAGAAGAAAAUUAAAACUUUGGAAUACAAGAUUGAGAUUUUAGAGAAAACUGCUACAAUUUAUGAAGAAGAUAAGCGUCAUCUUCAGCAGGAACUAGAGAGCAAGAGCCAGAAACUGCAACGUCAGGCUUCUGACAAGCGUAGGUUGGAGGCCCGGCUGCAAGGCAUGGUUGCUGAAACAACCAUGAAAUGGGAGAAGGAGUGUGAGCGUCGUGUAGCAGCAAAACAGCUGGAAAUGCAGAACAAACUUUGGGUCAAAGAUGAAAAACUGAAGCAGCUGAAGGCCAUUGUUACUGAACCAAAGAGUGAAAAGCCAGAGAGGCCUUCACGGGAGAGAGACAGAGAGAAGCCUAUUCAGAGAUCAGUCUCUCCACCACCAGUACCUCCUUCUGGUAACUUUAUUACUCAGGUUCCUAACAGCCAGCAGCUCGUGAGCAACCAGCAGGUGCACAGACGUUCAAAUUCUUGUAGCAGCAUUUCUGUGGCUUCCUGUGUUAUGGAAUGGGAGCAGAAAACCCCUUCACACAAGCAUACCGGUGGCAAUUCUAAAACAAGGACUAGACAACAAGAACCAGGACAAAGUAGAGACUGUAACACCUCAGACAGAAGGCGAGGGAUGUGCUGGACUGGAAUCACUGAGGUUCCCAAACGUAGAGAUGAGCUAGAAAUAGAAGAGGAUCAAUGCUGCAGGAAUGCACCUCCAGUUCGUCUCAGACACAGACGGUCGCGCUCAGCUGGGGAGAGAUGGGUAGAUCAUAAGCCACCUUCUAAUCUGCCCACUGACACAGUCAUGCAGCCGCAUGUCCCUCAUGCCAUCACAGUAGCAGCUGCAAGUGAAAAGGCACUAGCUAAGUGUGACAAGUACAUGCUGACGCACCAGGAGCUAGCCUCUGAUGGGGAGAUUGAAACAAAACUAAUUAAGGGUGAUGUUUUCAAAACCAGAGGUGGUGGACAGGCUGUGCAGUUCACAGAGAUAGAGACUCUAAAGCAAGAAUCUCCAACUGGUCGAAAGCGAAGAUCAUCGCCUUCCAAUGCUGAUCCACCAGAGGAUGCUGCAGACUCUGAAUGGACUGAUGUGGAAACCAGAUGUUCUGUGGCAGUGGAAAUGAGGGCGGGAUCUGCCCUUGGACCUGGAUAUCAGCAUCAUGCUCAGCCCAAGCGAAGAAAGCCAUGAACUUAACGUGCUGCUGCGUUGGAAUCUUGUUGAUUUUUAUCAGACUUAUCUGCUGCCAGUGAUAAAUUAACUGCUUUGUUAUCACUACAAGCUUCUAUUUUUUUAAUACUGGCCUAUGCUAGGCAAUGGUUACAUGGAAAAUACUUCUUGCAAACCUGAAAAAGCAUGUGAGUGGGUGCAAAUACUUUCAGUGGACAGGGGAGGUUCUGCCAUUGCACGCUGUGGACUUCUGAAGAAAUCCUUCUGUCUUGUAUUUAUGAAGCCCUCGUUAUUAAGCUGUAUCUUUAUAGAGUAAUGACACAAGGCUUCUGCCUUGCAUGUGUUUCAGCUCUUUAUAGGAUGUACUUGUGCUCUGGUCACUAUCCCUUUCUUGUUAGGCCCUCUGUUUUGAAGAGGUGUAAAUGCUGCAAUUUAUUCAGAUGCAGUAACGCACUUUAAGAGUGUUCCUAUGCCAUUUCAUGUAUUAUUAUAGCCAGCAGCAGCUCGGUAAUCUAAAUUUCUUCUUGGAAGAAUUACCUUUAAUUAUUUAAUAUACAAAUCAGCUUGUGAAAUCAAUUUCAAUCUUCAUGGUAACAAAGUGAGAAUACCAAGAUGAUGAAUAAUGAUGACCUGACAUCAUGGCUACUUUAUUUUGUAGUGCAAGUAAGUAAUUAAGUAUUUUACAUCUGUAGAUAUGGGGUAAAAGGGUAAUGUGCUCACUGAUAUGGUGAUGACCUUUAUAUAUGUGGCUCUGCAAGCAUGUUAAAAUAAAUACUUUUAUUCAGUGGC